CUGCUGACGGACAACAGCGAGUUUGAGCACAUCGAUAAUGAUGGAUUACAGAUGGAUGACAUGGGUGUCGAUGCGUAUGGAAAUGUCAACCUGUUGAGUCUCGGGAGGAACGAAGGUCUGUGAUGGGCAACAAUGGUACAUGCAAAUGACGCCCGCUCAUAAUUCACAAUUGCAAUUGUCUGCCAGCUUGAGUGGCCAUGUACAGAAAGUCAGCACCUGCGCUAUGUCAUCCGAUGGAAGGUGGCUCGCGAGUGCGGGAGUGGAUAAAAAGGUGUUGAUCUGGUCUGUGCCGGAUAAGGAAUUGAAGUGCACCAUUGACGGACCGGAGGGACACACGGGCAAUAUCACAAACGCGAGGUUCAGUCCGGAUGAUCGUCUCAUUCUCGGAACGGCAUCAAACGACUCUACAGUACGCAUCUGGGACUUGACACCGCUGGCGCAGGGGACGGCUUCGACCAUCAAGGCUCUUCAGGUUCUCAGGGGCCAUAAGAUGGUGGUCACUGCAGUGGAUUUCUGUCCGAGUAUCGGUAGCAAGUAUUGCGUCUCUUGCGAUGGUGAUGGGGAGCUUCGACUCUGGGAUUUCAUGACCGGCCACUGCGAGCAGGUCAUUAAGCUGGUGGCCAAGCCAGUGUACUCUCCCAACCAAGUCCGGUAUCACCCACAGAAUCCAAACAUUGUCGCAGUGGCGAUUGGCCAGGUGCUCUACAUGGUCCAGAUCAACGACUCGAAAUCUCAGCAUCGAACCAUCAGCACCAACCAUGUCAAGCACAUCUCGACGCUGGAUUGGGCUGCCCAGGGCAAUUAUCUGGUUACGGCAUCGGAAGACCAGGUCUGUGUCUGGGAUACUGUCCAGCCAGCACAAUGGCGCGUCCUGACCACACACCAGUCUCCAAAGAUCAGCAGCUGUGUCUUUUUGAAAAGCGAGCCGCGGAAUGGGGCUGCUGGGACGACUGCUGGAGCUGGGCAAUCUGCAACUACCCGAUUGGCCUAUGGCGACUAUGAGAAGAUCUGGAUCUGGACAUUCACUGGGAAUGGAUACAUGAGAAGUGUCCCCUUGGCCGAUCCACAGGCACACCCAGGUGCGGCAGUGACCGCGUUGGCUUGUUCGACCUCGAAUCUGGAUGGCGAGAAUGCGGUUGUCUUGGCGAGUGCGAGCGCUGGCAAGGAUGGCAAUCUGAAGUUGUGGCGGGUCCUUGGAUGAGAUCGGAUUUCGCGUUUUUCUUUCAUUUUUAUUUUUGUUACUUUUUUUACUUUGCUUUGCUCGGCUUGUUCACUGUUCAUUGUCCAACUUUUCUUUUUCUUUUUUAAGUUUCUUUGUUUUCAUCGUUCACUUUUGUGCAUGUUUUCUUUCGCCCUCCAUUUAGUCUUAUAAUUGUUACUCGGUUUCUUCUCCCCUGUAGCCCGAAACGGCACCUUAUUUUAAUAGUCGACCCUCCUCACCCUUCUCCCUACUUCGUCCUCCAUCGUUUACUAUACCAUGUAUAUCUCCACCUAUUUAUUGCGCCUAGUUCGUGUUUCCUUCGUUCCCUUGUCAUGAUUAUCAACCGUCGUUUUCAUUUUC